AUGGCACAAACUGUCACUUCUGGUUCGAUAAUUGGUUGGAGAAGUAGGCGAUAUCAAGAGUUGAGUAAUAGCAUUUUGGCUAUCGAUGCUCCUCAGCCUGAGAGCGGAAGAGAUGUAAUGCUUUGGGGACAUGGGGUAGAUGAUUACAGAGACACUUUUUCCUCAUCAAAAAUUUGGGAUCGACUGAGAUUGAAGCGCAACAAGGUGGGAUGGUAUAGAGUGGUUUGGUUCCUGCAAGGAGUUCCCCGCUACUCUUUUAUCACUUGGCUGGCCAUUAAGAAUAGGCUUUCUACGGGUGAUCGUAUGAGACAAUGGGGAAUGAUUCAAGGAUGUGAGCUAUGUGGAAAAAGAGAUGAGACAAGAGACCAUCUGUACUUUGCAUGUCUCUAUUCCUACACGAUAUGGAAAGCUCCUGCUCGUAUACUUGUGGGCUCUGGUGUUAACCCAGACUGGCAGUGGACACUGCAGCGUCUACAGGCAAUGGGCACUAAAGGAGUAGACUCUUGCAUAGUUUGA